AUGAUUCUUAGGGAACUGCACUGCAUGCAUCAACGUUAUCCAGCCAAAUGCCUACAAUACACUCAAAAGCAGGUCAUCUUGUUUUUACCAGUUCGUGCCCAUUAUGUGAUGGAAAUCAGACUGCGACCACCUUCAACAAAGCAUCAUCCUCGCCUGUCGCCUUCCGUUCCCGUCACAUCUGCCGUGAGCGACAACAAGCCCUCCAGGGCACCCUCUCCGACCCGCGCGAUAAGACAUGCUCGACACAGCCAGCCUCCCGACUCGGCAGUCCAUGCCACUCAACUCCGUAUGGACGACGCACUACCAGAACACGCAACACCGGCGCAAGGUUACAUCAGGACUCCGCCCCGCCAACGAUUCCCCGAAAGAAGCCUAGCGCAGCCCAUGAUCCAGAAUGUGCCAUUAUGA